UCGUUCACAAAUUCAGCUGUAAUGCGCAUGCGCACAGUUGCGCCGCAGCUGGGCCAAUCAAUUUAUUUAACGGAAAAAUAAUCCCCGGAUGGAAGGUUCCUCAAAAUGGCGACUGCCUUAAUGGUGAUAGCGUCUAUCACAAAGCCUGAAAAGGAAGAUAGCGACACUGCAGUUCAAAAAAGGGUUGAAAGUCCAGAAUCGUACAUCAAGCAUCCAUUACAGAAUAGAUGGGCUCUUUGGUUUUUCAAAAAUGACAAAAGUAAAACUUGGCAAGCCAACCUGCGACUUAUCUCCAAAUUUGACACUGUAGAGGACUUCUGGGCGCUGUAUAACCAUAUUCAGCUGUCCAGUAACUUGAUGUCUGGCUGUGACUAUUCACUUUUUAAGGAUGGAAUUGAGCCCAUGUGGGAAGACAAAAGGAACCGGAGAGGCGGCCGAUGGCUCAUCACACUCUCCAAGCAGCAGCGCAAGGCUGACCUGGAUCGUUUCUGGCUGGAGACGGUGAAUUUAGUUCCUGAAGCGAGUGCCCGUCGUGUCCUUCCUCGCAGUCCCUCAUGUGGUGAUGUCCCUUUACCGCAGCUCCUGUGUCUCGUGGGGGAAGCGUUUGAUGACCACAGCGACGAUGUGUGCGGCGCAGUCAUCAAUGUACGUGCUAAAGGGGACAAGAUCGCCAUCUGGACCACAGACUAUGAAAACAAGGAGGCCAUCACACACAUAGGACGCGUUUACAAAGAGAGGCUGGGCGUCCCUCCCAUUGUGGUCAUUGGCUACCAGUCUCACGCUGACACGGCCACAAAAAGCGGCUCCACUACAAAGAACAAGUUUGUCGCCUGAUGAUGUUCGUUGGUCACUUUUUUUCCCAAGAGUUUGUGGACACUUUAUUGCUUCCUUUUUGUGUAUAUGAGUACAAUGGCAUUGCCACACUCUCCAUUGAGAACGAUUUGUUUGUCCCAGGUGGUCUUUUUUUUUUUUUCCCCUCCCCAAGAAACGCUUCUUGUCAAGGUGCUUGUACAAAAUGUGAAUAGUUAAAAAGACAUAUUUUUGGAAAAAAAUACAUGGUAUUCUGUGCACUAUUUAAGUUAUUUGAUGACGAGAAAAUUGGCUGUUACCUCUGAUGUAAGGGCUCGCAUUGAAGAAGCCAACAUAUUGAGGUUAUAUUUGUCAUUCUCCUUUUGUGUUUGGUGCAGGUCGACAUCCUUUGGUUUCCAUUUCAGGUUUGAUGAUUAGUUUUGAUACCCUUGUUGCUGAAAAGUUAAUGUGCACACAAGAUGAAAAUAAAAAAGUGAAGUACUGAUCUUUUGACAAGAUUGUGACUAAUU